CCCAGGUGAACGCGAGCGACUACGAGCGCCUCAUCAACGAUGGCUUCAUCUUGGCAUGGGAGCGCCCCUCUACACGUAAGUUGACCCGUCAAAUCAAAUCAUCUUUUGAUCAAGGUUAGCUUAGGGUUUCCACUAUGGCACCAGACAACCAAUCAUGCCACUCACUUUUUGAGAGGAUGAGGCCGCAGACCCAGUCGUGGUCGUGGUGGAUCGACGUUGGCCGCAGCCGGCCCGGCCAGCGCCGCAUGCACUUGCAUCUUCCUGCUCGCCAGACACGCGCCCACCUAACCAUUGCCUGUAGGACUACUAGCCGAACUGGCAUGUGCUGACAUAUGCUUGUUUUUAGCUAGAUUUUCUCCGGUUCACUGCAUAUAUCUAUCCAAAUGAUAAACGCCACAUGUGUGACACUUGUUCGUUGGUGCCAUGCAAUUGGCCUAGUGAUAUCAUUUCCAUCUUUAGUAGGUCGCCUAUACAUUUGGUUUUUCUCCUUAUUAGGGGCUGACAUUUCGGCUAGAUGCAUGCAUGGUUGUGUUUUGUCACGGUGGCACUGGCCAGUCAGUGGAUCAUGAGGCUGACCUCUUAGUAGCCACGAGUAAAGCUGUGAAAGUCGGGUAAACGCGAAAGUACCUUUCUACACCCAGAGCAUUUGCUCCUGACAUGAACAGUACAAUCAAAAAAAUUCAAAUAAUUUUGAAUUUUUUUUGGGACAUACUUUCGCAAAUGUUAGUUGUGUGACUCUGAAAAAGUUUUUUUUACCACGCCUUCCGUCAAUGUGAUUUUGUGAUGAAAUUUUGCAUGCACAACUAACAUUUUUGAAAGUAUGCCACAAAAAAAUUUCAGAAUUUUUUGAAAUAUUUUUGAUAUUACUGUUCAUACCAGGAGCAUUUGCUCCUAGGUGUAGAAACUCCACGUCCGUGUAAACCUGUACUCUCGGCCUCUAUCUGAGUUGGGUGGCAGUGCAUGUCUAUCUUUUAUCCCGUUGCGACCCAUUAACUUCGUGCUAACUUUUGGCUGUUUACCCAAACGUGACACCUAGUUUUCACUAAGAAAAACUCAUGUACACUGAAAUUGGGGAUGUGGAUGGAUGAAUACUGUCGUCUACCGUGUGAGGGCCCGUCCCUUUCACGGUCCCAAACACAAAUAAGAAUGAAAACGAAAGAAAAAAAAUGGAGGUCGUCUAGUGAGCGGUCGUCUCCUUUUUCUCCGUCCCAAGCCAGAGUAUUUAGAGUGUUGGGAGUAGUGGCUUCUGCAUAGUUAGUCUGAACUCUAAACUUCUGAAUUCUAUGGCCAAAAUUGGCUUUGUUCAUUUGUUCAGCCGUAUAAUCCAGUGAGAGGCCAGUCAUAAUUAGUAGACUUUCAGAAAUACAGAGUUGUCGGCUCAUGUUUAUUAUGCAGGACUUUCUGCCAAAUUGCACCGCGUUGGCCCACAAUGGUGGGUGCUAAGUAUUCCCUCCGUCCGAUAAUCCUUGUUGGAGAAAUGAAUAAAAAUGGAUGUAUUUUGAACAAAAAUAUAUCUAGAUACAUCCAUUUCUCCGACAAAUAUUUCCGGACCGAGAGAGUAUUAUUCAGUGCUUUAUGCAAGAGAUAGUCCGUAUAAUGCGCUCGGGGCUCGGCCUAUGUAGCUCUGCCAUGUGAGGGCCCGUCCCACAAAAGAAAAACCAACACGCUCGUAGCUACUUCUCCCUUUAUUGAGUAACCUUUGUUUUUAAAACUCAAAAUUUUCAUUAAUUAUUUCUUUAAAUGUUCCCAAAAUUUAUAAUACCUAUCCCUUAUGGGAAUCGAACCCGUGUCUUCGACAUGAAAAGAUGAUGUCCUAACCUCUGGACGAAAGGGACCAAAAAGCUAUUUUUCAUAUACUUAAGAGAAGAAAAGUGGUUCCUUUUCUUUCUAUACGAAAUACUUGAUGCACUUAUUGAAUGGAAACUUGAAUUGAGAGAAAAGGUGUGCUACGCCAUAAGAUUAAAAAUACUCAAAAAAUUGAUUUUAUUUUCAUGAAUUUAGAAAGUCCCAUGAUUACUUUAAAACAGUUUAUUGAAUUGCAGAAAUGCUCAUGCAUUUUAAAAUCAUGGAUUUUUAAAAAUGCUUAUGAUAUUUUAAGCGUGCAUGAAUUUAAGAAAGUCAAUGUAUUAGAAAAAAAGGACCGUAGAAUGAAAAGUGACAAACACAAAUAAAAAUCAAAAGGAAAGAAAAAAUGGAAGAAAACAGAUGAUAAUCACCAGAGAAAAGGCAAUUACUUGAAAAAACCCGCCAAGAACCAGCCGCGACUCGCGCUGUAAUUGGGGCUGGCCCAUAACGCUCAUUCUAGCCCGCUAUCCGGGUUUUGGACCUUCCAAUGCCUCUGCAUAGAAGUGAUUUUCCAUGCACUGGCCAAUCUAAACUGCAUAUCUGUCUGAAUAAAAUUUGUUACCCAAAAAAAAUCUGAAUAAAAUAUGUGAACUCCAAGUUUGAACUCAAAUUCGCCCUUGUAAAGAAAAACAUUUACGCAAUUUCUAAAAAAACGCAACUGAGUCUUUUCUAUGUUACGCAGUGACAAGUAGCCUGCCAGGUUGUACCGAGAUUAGAAUCUAGCUAGAUAGAAGACAUGAGGACAAAGAUGCCGGAACCGAAAUGAUCAGGCUAAGCAUCUUGGUUCCAGUCACAUCACGGGGCCAUGGAGGUCAUGGUCAUGGCUUACCCCGUCAAAGGGAAACUCUGAAAUUUUUAUAAGUCAUGGCUUACCAGUCAAAGGGGUCACUCGCGGAAUUCGUAGACAAUGACCGUUCGCCCCAGUUUUCCAGUCAAAUGUUCACCGCUCACUCUGCCGUCCGUCCCCAUAUAUUAGACCACCGUAUUCUCUCAUAGGUGUAGCCUAUGCCCCCCUUUUCUGUUCACUACAAUCUUUUCAAAUCUUCUGUUCCCAUGGUACCGAGUUGCUGGUUCUUCCGGGCCCUGUGGCUACCACUGGUGCUCGCGGUGGCUGCGGCCGAGGAACAAGGGGAAGCCUGCUCGGGCUCGGCCAAGAUGUGCGGCAACCUCACCAUCUCCCGCCCGUUCUGGCUCACGGACUGGGAAAAGGGAAGACCAUGUGGUCACCCAGACUUUGAGGUCUCUUGCGUUAACGGCAGUUCAUUUCUAAGGAGCUCUAUGCCCUUUAGCGGUGGCUUUGCAGUCGUCAACAUCUCUUACCAGGAGGAAAGCUUGCACGUGGUUGAUAGUGGCAAGCUGUACUUGUUGCUGGACGCCUCCAACAGCUGCCGAGUACCGAUCUGGAACACCUCUGCCAAGCUCGGCGUCUCGUUCAGCGUCAAUCCCGGCAAUCUGAGCCUCAUCGUGUACAAUUGCACGGAGGAGGGCGCGGCGGCAGCCGUGGCUCGUCGGGAUAGAGAGCUGGUGCAGACGGGACUGAGGUGCGGGAACGAGAGCGAGGUGCUUGCCCGCGCGGGAGUGCGUUACGACGCCACCGGAAACUACUCUGGCUACGCUUUGGAGGGCUGCGACGCUAGCAUCGUGCCGGUGCUGGGCUCGUCGUCGGGCAGGACGAACGCGAGCGACUACAUGCAGCUCAUCAAGGAUGGCUUUCUCCUCAGAUGGGUGCGCCCCCCUACCUUUGCACGUAAGUUCACCCGCCGCAAAUCAUCUCUUUAAUCCACUUCCUGGAUAGCUAUUAGCUAGCUAGAACGCUUGGAAACCGGGCAAUCAACCGGGCUAUUAGCUACUCCCUCCGUCCAAUAAUAUAAGAGGGUUCAGUUGAUCGUGCCGCGUGUCCUGCUUGCCUAAGGUGUGGGGCGAUUUGCCUAUACUAGUCAAAUUGUGACAUGCUUGUUUUUAUUAGAUAUAUUUUCCGAAUCACUUAUACUAGUAUAUCUUGGCAGCAUGAUGGCAUGCAAACCUCGUGCUAGUUACUUACACCUGUCCACUAAGCGUGUGCGGUUGUCUCCUUCCUCCGUCCCAAGCCAGAGUACUUAGAGUUGAGAAUGAGUGGCUUUUGCAUAGUUAGUCUGAACUCUGAACUUCUGAAGUCUAUGGCCAAAAUUGGCUUCGUUCAUUUGUUUAGGAGUAUAAUCCAGUGAGAGAGAGCCCAGUCCGAAAUAGACUUUCAAACAUAUGGACUUGUGGGCUAAUGUUUAUUUCUUGAAAUUUACGACCGAAUUGCACCGCCUUUCCCCACAAUGGUGGGCAUCACUUUACUCAAUGGAUGGUCUAUAUAACGCGCUCUGGGCUUGCCCCAUAUAGUGCUGCCGUGUGAGGGCCCGUCCCAUCAGAAGAAAAAACGGCGCGUUCGUAGCUACUUCUUCUUAUGUAGAAAACCGGUUAUUUAGUACCUUUUGUUUUUAAAUUCAAAUUGUUCAUAUUAUUUCUAAAAAUGUUCUCAAUUUUUGUAAUAUAUUUCAUAAGUUCAAAAAUACUAACAAAAUUGAAGAAAAUGCUGAUGAAUUUAGAAACUCUCAUGGUUAUUUCAAAACAGUUUAUUGAAUUAUAGAAGUGCUCAUGAUAUUUUAAACGUAAACAAAACCAGUGAUGAUCAUUAGAGAAUUGUAAAGAAAGAAGAAAAAAUGUAAGAAAACUGAUGAUGAUCAUUAGAAAAAAAAAGGAAUUGAAAAAACCACCAAGAACCAGCUGCGAAAUUGCGGCCGGGCCAUCACGCUCGCUACCAUGCGAUUUAGUGACAAAGUGUUACAACAAUUGGUGAAUACGAAUUUCCCGCAAUGGUGGAGUCUGGUCAGCGCAGCCCUGAAUCCGGGUUUUGAACCUUAGCCUUUGGCCGUGGCAUUACAAUUCCUCUGAAUAAAAGUGAUUUUCCAUACGCCAGCCAAUCUAAAUUGUAGAUCUAUCUGAAUAAAAUUAGUUCCCCAAAAAUAUCUCAUUGAAAAUGUGUGAACUCCAAAUUUGAACAUCUAUUAUCCCUUGCAAAGAAAAACAUUUACACAAUUUAUAAAAAAUGCAGCCUAGUAACCGAUCAUACUACAUGACCUUUUUUUUCUGUUCCCCAAAAAUAUCUCAUUGAAAAUAGAUUUUCUGAGAAGUCAAACUUUGACGAAGUUUGUGGAGAAAAAUAUAUACAUCUAGAAUACCAAAUACAUAAUAUUAGAUACUCCCUCCGUCCCAUAAUUAAUGUAAGUCAUUUUUUGACACUAGUGUAGUGUAAAAAACCGCCUUACAUUAUGGAACAGAGGGAGUACAUCAUAAGACGUGUUUUCACAUUAAAUAUAUUUCAUAUUGUAGACAUAAAUAGUUUAUCUAUAAACUUGGUCAUAUUGUAGAUAUAAAUAUAUUUCAUAUUGUAUGUAAAUUGACUUUCUAGAAAAUCUAUAUGCACUACAUUAUAUAACGGAGGGAGUAUGUUAUACAAUAUAACCAGUAACCUGCCAAGUGUGAAGGUUGUACCGAGAUUAGAGUCUACUCUUUUUGUUCCAUAAUAUAAGAGCGUUAGGGACAGAGACUAGAGAGAGUAGCUAGACAGAAGACAAGAGCGCAAAGAUGCCGGAACCAAAACGACCAGGCUAAGCAUCUUGGUUUGAGAGUCACAUCACGGGGCCAUGAUGGCCUUUGUCAUGGCUUACCCCGUCAAAGGGGAACACUGAAAUUUUGCAAGUCAUGGCUUGCCAGUCAAUGGGAUCACUCGGCGUAUCUGUGGACGACCAGUUUUCUAUUCAAAUUUGAACCACCCACUCUGCCGUCCGUCGUCCCCAUAUAUCGUUCCUGGUCACUGGUUAGACCAUCGUAUUGUCUCAUACCUGUAGCCAACCCCCCUUUGCUGUUUCACUGCAAUCUUUUCAGUCUUGUGCUCAUAUGGCUCCGGGCUGCUGGUUCUUCCGGGCCCUGUGGCUAUCACUGAUGCUCACGGUGGCUGCGGCUGAGGAACAAGUGGAAGCCUGCUCGGGGUCGGCCAAGAAGUGCGGCAACACCACCAUCUCUCGCCCGUUCUGGCUCCCUGACUGGGAAACGGGGAAAUCGUGUGGUUCCCCGGAUUUCGAGGUCACUUGCCGCAACAGCACUGCUCCGGUUAUACUCAACUCUGCACCUAUCAGCUUUGGCUUUGCAAUCGUCAACAUCUCUUACAAGGAGCGCAGCUUGCAUGUCAUCGAUCUGGGCAAGCGCUACUUGUUACAGCACGCCCCCAACAGCUGCCAAGUGCCGAUCUGGAACACCUCCGCCAAACUGAGCGCCCCGUUCAGAAUCAGCCCCGGCAACCUGGGCCUCAUCUUUUACAGUUGCCCCGAGGCGGCCGGAGCAGCGGCUCUGGCACAGGACGG